AUGUUUGGAGUGAGGCCCAACAGCACCAACGCCAACCCUGGACCCAAUCCUGCCAUGCACCCUCAACUUCAACUAGACCAGCCUGCUGAACCCAUCAUGGAAUGUCCUAUCCAGCCUUCCAGCGACUCCUCCACAAGGCCAGGACAUCCUGAGUUUUCACCCACCAGCCUGCUUGGCUCCCCUCUCCUGGACAUGCCCCGGGACCUGGUAGUCAUCGAGCCUGGAUGCUUCAGUGCUUCGGUAAGAGACAGGGAGAGCUUGCAAAAUGCCUCUCACUCAGGGAUGCCAUGGAUGAAGGCUCCAGCUGGCCUGCUCCCAGGGCUUCAUCUCUCAUCUUCUUCAUUUCAGGGUCAAGUCCCAGAUGGCCUGAGUCCUUCAGUCUCUCCUAGUGCAGAGGGAUAUGAUCCAUGGUCCAACUGGAGCCUCCAAAGAAGCAUGCUGGAGCCUCUUCCAGACUCACCACUGCAGCCUCUUUUUCCAUUUCCUCCAAGUCACCAAGAACAGUGCCCUCCGAGUCCUGUGAGACCUGCUUGCCCUCUAUGCAAGGCCAGGAGGCGCCUCUUCUAG